AUGCAAAUCGAUACCGAUUUGGAGUCUUCGAGUAGUUCCAAGCUAGAGAUUGCCAUGAAAAAGUAUCUGAAGAAAUAUAACAAGAAACAAGGUAAACGGUCACCAAUGUAUUGGAAUAAAUCUCUUGCGGAUAAUUUGGUGAAGAAAGAAGAAAAUCUGUUGGGUAUCAAAGAUUUCAAAAAUUUCCGAGGUCUAUACACACCCACUGGACAGAACAAUUUAAAAUACAACCCCCGAAGAAAAUAUAAGAAAUCUGUUGAAAAACGCAAGAAAAUCCCCCCUCUGGCGCCUAAAAGAUACACAAAGAAAGACCAUGAAGUUUCAAAAUAUCCAGAUGACACUGGUUCCAUAUUGGAAAUUUACUCUCCUGAUUUGUGUUCCUACACAACCAAUUGCAGUUCUCUCGAAAGCCAGAAACAGGAUGAUAAUGAGAUUAUCAAUGGGAACGACAACGUUUUUCCAGUAGCAGUGCAGAACUUAGAUUAUCAGGUAGAACCAGAUGGUAAAAAGCAUUAUGAUAGCAAAAAAGGCAAAAAGGAUGAUGCUUAUAUCGAUUUCAAUAAAAGUUUGGACUUGACCGAUUCCCAGUUUUCACAAAUUGUGAGACAACUCAAACGUGGUUAUAAAGUCCAUGUGAAGACCUUGGAAGAUUUGCAGACUUCUAUGAAUAAGACGGCGCGCAAACAAAGAUCUAAACCUGCGAUUGAAAUCGAGACCAAGAAAAACAAGAAAGCACGGCAUAUGCGACAGGAUAGGAUAUUGGAUAGGAAAUAUUUUAACAAAGAUAUGAGCGAGUUGACAGACAAUAGCAGUAGCAAUCUUAUGUGUCCUGAUAUUGUUGCUAAGCAGAAGUUGAAAGAACCAUGUGAUUAUGAUGACAAUGAUAAAAACCAUGGAAAACAUUUACAUAAAAACAAAGGCUUGUAUGACGAAUCUAAAGUUGAACACAACUACAAUGAUCAGCUUAGACAAAAUUCUGAUAAAUAUCAUUAUGAUAAUUCUGGAGAGUCCUCAAAGUUACCAGAACCAUUAGAAUAUCAUAAGCAUCGCGAAAAGGUGCACAAGAAGCAUUACCAAGAUAAGACUUCUGAAAACAAUGAUCUUUAUAUUAAUGAUGACUCUGAGAAGGUCCAUAAGAAGCUUUGCCUGGAUAAAACUCCUGAAAAUGAUGAUGUUUAUAUUGUAGACGACUCUGGGAAGGUGCACAAAAAGCUUUACUCAGAUAAAAGUCCUGAAAUGGAUGAUGAUUAUAUUGUUGAAGAUUCCCACAAAGUGCACAAGAAACUCUACCUGGAUAAAACUUAUAAACACGAUGAUGUUAAUAAUGUUAAUGUUACUGAUAAAUAUAAGGUACACAAGAAGCUUUACCAGGAUAAAACUCGCGGAAACGAUGAUGUUUAUAUAACUGACGACACUGAGAAGGUGCACAAGAAGCUUCACCUGGAUAAAACUCCUGAAAACGAUGAUUUUUCUAUUAUUGACGACUAUGAGAAUAGAAAGCGUGUAAGUAAAGCACACACAAAAAAGUAUCCUGAUAACUUUAGCAAUGACGUAGAUUUUAAUGAUAAAGUUAAUACAUAUGGUAAAAACCAAGAAAAUACGUACCGUGAACAAUUGAAUGAAACCAAGAAUAAAUAUUAUGAUGCAUCUAAACAUAAAACGUACAACCAACCGAAAACUACUAAAUACUUGGACAACUAUGUGGACAAAACCAAACGGCACGAAAUCGAUUUGUAUGAUAAUGAAAACUUAUCCUUCAACAAAAAUGGUGAUAGAACUUAUGUCAAAAAGAAGGUUCAACAACAAAACAAUUAUGAAGAUCAUCAUAACCGGAACAAUUACAAUACAAAUCAUGAUUCUUCACCAGAAGCAAAAGUUUUACAGAAACUUACCACCAAAGACCACUAUCCUUCAAGUUCAAGUGAAGAGCAAGAACAACUGUUAUGGACUAACAUGGGUGAUAAUAAUUCAGGUGACAGCAGUACAUUGGUAUCAUCAGAUGUUGAAUAUUUUGAUAAACCAAUGGAUAUAUCAGCUUCAAAUUCAGGUUACUUACGUGCAGGUUCUGAAGAACUUAAACCAGUUGUCGAUAAUAAUGAAUGCUUUGAUAGCAAUAGAGGUAUUUUUGGAGAUAUUGAUGAUGGUUUUGCUAAAUUCAAGGACCAAAAAAAGACACACAGUCAAAGAGCGUCUGAAAACAUAACAAGUUUGGAUAAUUUUGUUUGUGUUAACGGUUACUUUGAUGAUCCUGGUGAUGAGUUUGAUGAUUUUAAAAGUAUAAAAAAUUAUGAUAAAAAUGAAUACUGCAGUGUUGGAAAGUAUCGCCACUUUGAUAGUAAAAAACACAAAAAUACCUUCAAAAAGGAUGACAAAAAUAUCAAAUCCAUCAAUGAAUCUAAAACCAAAUCCAAGAACCAUGCGGAUAAGUUAGAUGAGAAUAAAUCCAAAAGGCAUCAUCACGAUUCACCAGAUCGAGUAGAACAUAGGCACAAAGGUCAAAAUAAGCACAAUUACUAUGAUGAUGUGUAUGAACAAGAUCAGAAACCUUUAGAGGUUGUAAAGCGUUAUGAAAUUACUAGCGAUGAAAAGUUGUUGGAGAUUCCUGAUGAUGACAGGAACAAUUAUGUGUACCAAAGUAUUGAUUCAAGUAAAGAAUCAUCGUUUGCUACAAAUCCUUUGAUGGAUGAUGCUUCUACUGAACAAAGAACAGUUGAUUACGGGGCGUACGAUUCUUCGACACACUACUCAACCUCAUUCGGAAAUAUAUACGAAGAUAACCGAGUGAAAUCUCUGCGUUCGGUUCGGUUCGGCUCGGACGUGCUUGUCCGGUAUGACGACUGCCCUUCCGGUACGAUGAGUCCGAACGAGGAUAACCAAUGCUUCGAAACAGAGAAACAAGAUUCUAUGGAUGCUUUUGGGAAACAAAAUCAGGCUUACUACAGAGUUGAUAGAAUAUCAUAUGAUUUCGAAAGAAAUUUUGGGGUUGAGGAUGAUCGAGAAGUGAGCUUGAGGUAA